AUGAUCGCCAAGGAACCCACGAGGAUUGGUGAAGCAGGUUACCUCGUUGCCGAGUGCUCGCAAAUACUUCUCAGAAAGACUUCUGUUGUAUUUCUGAAGAAGAAUGGCAAGCCGAUAGAGCUCGACGUUCGCCGCAAACUGAAGCUUCGGGAUGACUCUCGCCCCGGAUCGUACUCGGCGAACGAUCAUUUCAAUCCCGAUUCUGGUAAGGGCUUUGGGCCUGGGCAUGGGUCGCCAAACUCCGAGAACUUCGAGUUCUCUCGUUUGCGAGUAGAACUCGAUGCGCAGCGGGAGAGCAUUGACAGAAUAGAUACUGCCGGUUUCCAAGUGGUGUCCCAAUUCGACAGCGCUGUUUCGCGCAUCGAAAAGGAGAUGGCAAAGCUCAACUCGACUCUGAACCAACUUCAGGGUGACUUCGAUCUUCACAAAGCUGACUUGAAGUCUGUCGAGAUUGAAACAUCCAGUGGGAAAUGCUCGACACAAGACAGUUCCAAGCUGUCUCGAUUGGAUAGCCAGGUUCGGACCGCAAACGCGGCCAUCUCUGAGAUGAAGAAGCUCUCCGAAGAAGUCAAUAGGGAGAAUGAUGAGCUCCGAAACGAUCUCCUAAUCUCGCGAGAAGAUUAUCAAAGGCUCGAAAACGUUGCCCUAGGUCUACAAGCGAAUGUGGCAAGCACGACUAAAACCGUGAAAAACAUCCUCAACAUGAACAUUGACAGCGCCAAGGAAACAGCCAGUUUACGAAUUGAGUUGAGGCAGCUGAGACAGAUCCUGGAUCAGGACCGCAAAAAGAAACUCGACCUGUCUCAACAGCAAAUACCCUCGCGGGAACUGGAUAUCUUGGCCAGUAACAUCACCAAGAUUGGAGCUCGGGCAAACCAAGUGGAAGCAUUGCAGAUGGAGUUUGAUCUUUUCAAAAGCAGGAUACAGCGUCUGGAGGCCAAUAUAGAGCGUCCUUCUCAGCCUUGCGAGGAGUUGCAAAUCGCAACUACCCAGCAAUCCAAGAGCGUCGGCACAUUUGUCAUUGCGAACGACGUCGAUUCAAUGUCAAACAGCUUACAUCAGGAAGCACCCGUCAAGUUUUCCAGCGAGGCAACCUCCAUCACGCCCAAAGUUAUACAGCCUACGAGCCGCAAACGAAAGGCACCAGCAGAGAAAACGGUCGGAACUGGUGAAGAGAACAAAAGCCCAAGACUCACCAGAUCGGGUGCCAUUGACAAGAGGAGUAUUAAGAAACCGAGGGCCUCUUUGCCCGCGGACAGCAAAUGUUAA